AUGCUGAGAUAUGCUGAGAUUGGUGGUUUUGAUGUAAGAUUAAGCACGCAAUCAAGGUUUGAUAACAAGAUUAUAAAGAAGAAACAUGUUAUAUGUAAUUGUGGUGGCAAACUGAAAAAGAAAUCUUGUGACACAUUGGGUACAAGUGGUGUUAGGAGGAAACGAAAUUCAAGAUCUAUUGGUUGUCAAGAAAGGAUUGUAUUUGAAUCUGUGUAUGGAACUCCAAAUUAUAAAGUUUUUCAGUUUGAUGAACUUCACAACCAUCCACUUGAGAAGAGAAGCAAUUUAAAAAAAGUGAGGCAAAUGUCAUAUUCAGAAAAUAAGUUUAUUGUGCGUGCUUCCACAUCAAAAAUAGGUCCAACUAUGGCUCAUAAGUUGAGGGCAAGUCUGAGAGGUGGGUAUGAGUUUGUAAAGCCCAAAGUAGUUUACUAUAAAAAUUUAAGGAGAGAUAUCAACAAGGUUAUUGGUUAUAAAUAUGCUCAAAUAAUAGUAAACACAAUGAAUGAUCGUCGAGCUCACUAUCCAAAUUACUCAUUUGAGUUCAGUUGUCAAGAUGAUGUUUUGGACUGUAUGUUUUGGGCUGAUGAAAUGGAGAAGGCAUAUUAUGCUGAAUUUGGUGAUGUUAUCUCUUUUGAUGCGACUUUCCGAACAAACAAGUAUCGAAUGGUUUUUGUUCCAUUUACUGUGAUAAACCAUCAUAAGAAAUCGGUUAUUGUUGGAUCGGGGUCGCUAAGCAAUGAAAGUAUUGAGUCUUACUCUUGGUUGCUUAAAGCAUUUCUUAAAAGUCAUGGGAAAGAACCAACACUUGUUUUAACCGAUAAAGAUGCUGCAAUAAAACAAGCUAUUGAGAAUAUAUCAGAUGAUUUAUUUUCAAACAAAGACUUUAGAAAAAGGUUUUCGAAGCUUGUUUGGGACAUUAAUAUGAAACCUGAUGUUUUUGAGGUGAAGUGGGGUUCGCUUAUGAAGGAAUUCAAUCUUGAAGACACAAGAUGGUUUAAAGACAUGUUUACAAUACGUGAUUCAUGGAUACCUGGAUAUUUUAAGGAUAUUCCAAUGUGUGGUUUGAUGAAGACUACAUCUAGGUCAGAGAGUAUGAAUUCAUUCUUUAAUACAUACUCAGAAAGUGGGAACUUACUUUUGAAUUUCAUGAUUAAUUACGACAUUGCUAUUCAAAAGCAAAGGAAUACUCAACGAGAGCUUGAUAAGGCAUCAAAGAAAGCAUCAUAUAAAAUGCAAACACCUCGAGAAAUAGAACUGCAAGCAUCAAAGGUUUAUACAGAUGGUUGGGAAGUUUACAUUGUGCAGCACAACAACACUAAAAGCAAAUUUAAAAAUGAAUUUAAGGUUCAAAUAAAAGCUGAAGAGAAAGAAAUAAAUUGCAGUUGUGAACAUUUUAAGCGUAUGAGUGUUUUACGCAGACAUGCUUUUACAAUAACGAUGAGAUGUGGUGUUAAAGAAAUUCCUGAAAGAGAUGACAAAAAGAAAUUGGCUUUGUUUGCUGAGAAACAACAAAUGUUGUUGAAGGAAUUUGAGAGUGAUUAUAUAUCUCCUGGAUUGAAAAACAAGACGGAUGGUGAAGUCGUAUGCAAGCUUUUGGGUGUUACUAUUCCUAUUCCAAAAGAGAUUAAUAUUCAUGUUCCUGAAGUUCAAAGCAAUAAAGGUUUUGGAAUCAAGAAAAGAAUUCCAAGUGCAGGUGAAGUAGCAUAUGAAAAUUCUAAAAAAGAACAUAAAAUGUGUUCAGGAUGUGGAAAACGAGUUCCACACAAUUUACGUACUUGUCCAAAAAGAGUUGGAGCUGCUAAAUCAGCAAAAGACAGUUAA